AUGUCGUCACAAUCUGACAUUCUAUCGUCAGCAAGUGUUCUGUCUCAAUCUCUAUCUCUAUCUCUGUCUCUGUCUCUGUCUCUAUCUGUAACUCUCUGUCUCUCUCUGUCUCUGUCUCUAAUUCUGUCUCUCGUCAUGUCGCUAAAGCCUGUGCCUGGAGCUGGCGCGGGACGGAAGCAGCAGCCGCUGCGGAAGGGCCAUAGCCUCAUGGACUGGGUUCGGCUCAAGGGCAAAGAAAAGACGGCGCUGGCAGGUGGAGAUCGACCCAAGGACCGCAAAGUGACACCGGCCAUGUUGGCUGCCCACGCUGGACAAGAUGGCACAGAGCUUUUUAUGAAGUAUCACCCUUGGGUCAAUAUUUUCAGCAUGAUGGACGCUUGCUACGUUGGCAAACUGGUGACCCCUGGCCCCACACGCCUUCAAACGUUUGCUCAGCCCAUGGGCGGGCGGCCUGCUCAGCGCACCACAGGGCUUUCCGCUUCAAAACGCACUAGCAGUGCACCCCAAACCGUCUCACCCAUUGCCACCCAGCAGUCAGCCACCACGCAAUCAGCCACCACCUCCUCGACACCUCGCGUCAGCAGCCUCGACACGCCCACCGUGCAGCGCACUUCAGAUCAACCAUCCAUUUCCCUGCCCGACGACGACACUUUCGCUGCUCCCAGGGCGCCACAACCUCGCACAACUUCCGCCAAGUUUCGCGUUGAAUUUUAUGAAUCAACCAAGGCCAUUCACGUUGAUGUUUUUGGACCUCGCCAAGGUCCCGCCUGCCCCGUCACGGCUUUGAUUGAGCCCGACUACUUGCGCCUCGUAGCCCUGGACCCCGGCGCUCGCAUCCCUGUCUGGAAUCAGGCUUGGCGCCUGUCCGGUCAUAUUAUCACUUCCUCCAGCGAUCGAUACCAAGUCAACUCCUUCAAAACGUCUCUUUGUUUUGCCAAGACCGGCGCAUCUCAGUGGGGCUCACUGGGCUCAGACUUGGGCUCCUGGUCCGUAUCCCCAAGUGAUACCACACAACAUUGGCUACCUGCGUUGGUGGUCGGAACUCACCGUGCUUCAGCUGAAACCGUUUUUCUUCACAUUCGCGCACCACAUCUCCAACAGACUCCCGUUUUGCCAGGCCAACACGUGGAGCUCAAGGUCACCCAUCAAAGCCACAUUAUCAUUCGCCCUUACACCCCCAUUCCGUUUGACAGCUGUCAAAGUCAUCCCUUUGUACCUAGCCCCGAUAGCUUGCUCUUCUAUAUCAAGAUUUAUCCAGACGGUCCAAUGUCCAACGCGUUGGUCAAUCUAUGCCCCGGCGAGUCAUUGCAAAUGGCUUAUCAACCUCAAGGUCCUAUUUUCGACCCACUCACACCUCCUGCUGCCACCCGCUACGUCAUGCUGGCCGCCGGCACUGGCGUAACCCCAAUGUUGCAAAUCUUGGCAACUGCUCGAGUGCCGUGUAUCCUCUUUGUAUACAACACCCUUUCUGAACACCAUGAAUUCACCCAUUGGAUCCGAGGUUUUAAACAUGUGACCGCGCACUUUAUCACCACCCAACCGGCUGACACAGAGAACGUGGGCACUCUACAGGGUCGAUUAUGCCAGAUUCACUUGCAACAGUGCAAUGUUUUGCAAGAGGAAAAUCGUUUUCUUGCCUGUGGGCCAGCAGGUUUCAUCCAGUGCUGCGUGAGCCUGCUCGCACACAUGCCCAAUAAGCACAUUUUCAAUUGACAUUUAGACC